GCUCACGGACAGCAGACCUGCAGCAUGGAGCUCACCAAAGAGGGCAGACCUGGACAGACCGAGGCUUUGUUUGAGGCUUCAGAGCUGGAGAAUCAGAGGAGCAACGCUGGGCAGAGACACAAAAGGACCAACAACUGUAAAAUCAUCACAGGGGUUCUGUUGCUGUGCUUUCUGAUUAUCCUCUUGGCUGUAGUGAUUUCAGUCAGAGUGACCUCUCAUGACACAGGUGGGGAGCUCUGGCUGACCUCUGCAGAAGUUGAGGAGCAACAAUGUCCACCUGGUUUUGACAAGCCGCCUCUUAUCUUGGUGUCGUUGGACGGUUUCCGGGCACGGUACCUGAAGGACCACAAAAGCCACAUUCCAAUAAUCAAUAAGUUGCGAACUGGAACAACAGCACCAUACAUCAGGCCUGUUUAUCCCACAAAGACUUUCCCCAACCACUACAGCAUCGUGACUGGUCUUUAUCCUGAGUCUCAUGGGAUUGUGGACAACAAGAUGUACGAUGUGACCCGAAAUGCCUUUUUCAGCCUGAAAACUGAGGAGAAAUACAAUCCGGUCUGGUACCAGGGAGAACCAAUCUGGAUCACUGCCAGGCGUCAGAAACUGAAGACAGGGACUUUCUUCUGGCCAGGCUCUGAUGUAGCCAUCAGCGGCACCUUUCCAAAUUUCUAUAAGGUUUUUGAUAAGUCCAUUACAUUUGAUGCCAGGUUGGACACAGUGUUGGAAUGGCUAAGUUUACCUCGAGGGGAACGACCUGACUUUUUCACUUUGUACUUGGAUGAACCCGACACUACAGGACAUCGUUACGGCCCAGAAAGCUCUGAGAUAAUCAGUUCCUUGGAAAACGUUGACAGGAUCCUGGGAAAGCUAAUGGAUGGUCUUGCAGCAAGAAAUCUGAGCCAGUGUGCCAACAUAAUAGUCGUCUCCGACCACGGAAUGGAGACAGCUUCAUGUGAAAAGGCUUCAUUUGUAGAAAAUUUCUCGGUCCAGGGUGAUAACUUUGACGUCAUCCAAGGCCCAGCUGCUCGCAUCAGACCGAAGCGCCUCCCAGAGGACUUCUUUUCUUUCGACUUCGAGGGCCUGGUGAAGAACCUGUCGUGCAGGACCCCUGACCAGCCAAUGAGACCGUACCUCAAAGAAAACCUUCCCAAAAGGAUGCACUUUGCAAACAACAAACGCAUAGAGAGGGGUCACCUCUAUAUGGAGGCGGGCUGGCAGGCAGCGCUCAAAAGACAGGAAAUGAAGUACUGCUCCGGUGGUUUCCAUGGAUCAGAUAACCUCUUCACCAACAUGCAGGCGAUUUUUAUCGGCUAUGGUCCAGGAUUUAAAAACAACACAGCUGUGCCUCCCUUUGAAAACAUUGAAAUAUAUAACCUCAUGUGUGAUCUUCUAGGUAUUGUUCCAGCUCCAAACAACGGGACCCACGGGAGUCUGAACCAUCUCUUGAAGCAUCCCGUCCACCAGCCGGUUCACCCAGCGCAGCGCUCCCACCAGACGCCCUGCGACGCCGCUGACUUCACCCGGUCCGACAGCCUGCAGUGCAACUGUUCAUCCCAAACCAUAGCCAUGGUGACAGAUAUGAACAGAAAACUCAUAACAUCUACUUCGGAUGUUAAGGACAAGUUACGCCACCUCCACCAUCCUUUUGGCACCCCUCGAGUCAUCCAGUCAGCUGUCACUUUCUGCCUCCUUCAUCACUCCGACUACCUCAGCGGCUACAGCAAAGACCGUCUCAUGCCGCUCUGGGUGUCGUACACCAUCCAGCCUCUGACCAGAAUGAGACCGCUCUCCACAGAGACGUGCAUUCGUGCUGAUGUUCGCAUCCCAGCUUCCACCAGCCAGCUGUGUCGCCGCUACAGAGACAACCCUGAUCUGUCCUCUGGCCUGCUGCACCCUCACUAUCUGAACGCCAGCGGCCCGGAGACGGAUUCUCUUCUCAGCAGCAACAUGGCACCAAUGUUCCCUGCGUUUAAACGUGUUUGGACUCAUUUCCAUCACUUCAUACUUCCCAAAUUUUCCCAGCAGCUGAAUGGAGUCAACGUAAUGAGUGGACCAAUAUUCGAUAAAGACUUCAAUGGAAAUGUUGAUCCGCUCUCAAAGGUUUCAGGGAACGAAGCUCCCGUCCCGACGCAUUUCUUCCUGAUCCUGAGCAGCUGCCAGGAUGCGGCGUCCAGCCCUCUCAGCUGCGCGGGUCGUCUUCAGGCCCGGUCCUUCAUCCUGCCCCACAGACCCGACUACACAGAGGCCUGCGCGGAUGACUCAGACAUGGACUGGGUGGAAAAGUGGCUGCAGUUUCACACGGCUCGGGUCCGAGACAUCGAGCUCCUUACGGGACUCAGCUUCUACCACGACAGGUUAUCGGUGGAAGAGACGCUGCAGCUCAAGACGUUUCUUCACACGUCUGAAAGCUAGAGACAUUAUCACGAGAGGCUUUGACUCCCAAAGACAACCGUGUUGGUCUGCAGCCGCUCGUCGGCUUGGACUUGACGUUAACCCGAUUGGACCGGGUCAAACUGACCCAGUCUUCAAGUUCCAUCCUCUCUUUUUUUUUUCUCUACGUCUAUUACCAAAACAAAUCUGACAUUGAAGUUUAAAAGCAAUAAAUUAGUCGUUAGUUUGUAUAGAUGAUUGAACAAAGAAUAUUUUUCACAUCUGCUGAAACGCUUCCAGUAUCUUCUCAGACAUCCUAGUCUAAGAAGGAAGAAGAAAAGGAUUAUUAAUGAAAGAACUGUUCAUGCCACAAUUUAAUUUUUGUCUCAAAAACACUCAAAUGUACAAAACGUUGUAGGAACCUUUCAUCUCAAGAAACAUACACUGAUAGGUUUAGUUCCUGCCAAAUGGUGCUUUUAUAUUUUGUUUUUCCAUCAAUGCUGUUUUUUUUUUAUUAAUCUUUUGUACAUUUAUGCUGUGGAUGUGUAAUGAGUCAGGGUGCAGCUCCUCUGAUGCUUCUUCUGUAACUUUGGGAUCAACAUCGGCGAACUGUGGAGCACGCACAAGCAGCUCCACCAGUUUAGAUCCGGUUAAAACACACUUACUAGAGAAACUUGACUCCCAAACACAGUAUUGUCUGACUUUCUUUGUCCAGUUUUGAAAAACUCAGUGUACUCAGAUUAACUUGUUUACAUUUACUUUAAAUGUCCAGUUUCAGUCGCAGGACGAGCACGUGUGCUGGUUUGUCUUGUUUGUCCCCCUGUGGACCUGCCGACCUGCUGACGUGUCUGAGGUGACAGCUGGGAUCGGCUCCUGCACCCUCCAUCACUACGAUUAGGAUGGAUGGUUUCAGUCAAACAUGAUGGAUUCAGUUCAGUUUUUUUUAACAUCAUGUAAGACUAAAGGCUCAUCCAAGUAAGGCUCGAUAGGCAGCUUUCUUCCUUCUCAUCUUCAGGGAAUGAUUUCGUCUUAAUUUGUGUCAGUGGAUGCGACAAAAGCCCCCAGCGCUGGUCCAGCUGCUUACAAGCUCACGUUAAUUACAUCUGUCAACCUUUAUUUAUUGUCAGGGAUCACUGAAGGAUGACCCUCCUUUUUAUGUCAGAGGAUUUUACAGGGAAAAUCCUAAAAGGGUGAAAAACUCACCACAUCAAAAUCAAGUUGAGUUGUAAAACAAGUCUGACUUUCAUUUUAAAAACAAAAAAAAAAAUAAUGUUAACAAAUUGACAAAAUGGAAAUUUGAUAAAAUGCAAUAAUU